UUAUGUCACACGUUCGAGCCCAGACAAGCGGAAACAGCCGAGAGCAGCUCGAGUGCUUCCGGUUCCAUGUACCGUUGGUGUUAGACCUUUAAACAGACAUUAGCCUGUUAGCUUAGCAUCUGUUUACCUUCAGACCAGAUGAGACUCUUCUCUCUUCUUCUACGGCUGCGACUCACUGAUCGAUAAUUGACGCGGUUCAGCAAUAAUCUGGAAAAGGAGGGUUUAACCGUGAACAUCGACGUGGGCUCCCCCUCCUGCUAGAACAAGAAGAGAAGAUGUUGAGGAGGAAACCGACUCGUCUGGAGCUGAAGAUCGACGACACCGAGGAGUUUGAGAGCGUCAAGAAGGAGCUGGAGGCCAGGAAGCGUCAGCGAGAGGAGGCGGAGUCAGGAGGCGGAGUGGGCGGAUCUUCUGUUAUCAGUGUUGACAUAAUCGGGGGCGGGGCCUCUGCAUCCUCCUCCACAGCAGCGUCGAGGGCGGAGCUAAUCAACGAACGAAUCGGGUACAAGCCCCACCCCAAACCGGCCACUCUGCCCACCCUGUUCGGAAGUUUACAAUUUUAACACGACUAAUAAAGAAAAAAUGUUUACAACUCUUUGUUUGUGUUCAACACAACAGAAAUAAAAAUGUUCAUAUUUAAAAAAAAGUCAAA